AUGCAUACGGACAGUGCUGGACAAACUAUGGGGGAGGGAAAACAGUCAGAGGACGAGCAGCUUCCGGUAGUCAGCGCAGCUCCUGUUGCAACUACCUCGCCUGACAACACAGCAUCUAUUGUAUCAGCUGUGCCAGCAAGAGCAAAAGAAGCGCCUAAAGCCCAAUCCAUAGUAGAACUAAAAUCGGAGUCCUCCAAUAGAGCAGUAUCUGAAGCAGCAGAAGCUACAGAAGUGAGAACUCCAAAGCCUCAUGCUGGGGCGGCGUUAGGAGGGGGAGCGGAUGCAACAGCGGACGGCGCUGCAAGACAAGCUAUUGGCUUAGCAGCUACUAAAUCGGCGACCCAGCAUGCAAAACAGGAAGUUCCAGAAUCAACAGCCUCCGCGGAGGCUAGCACACGCUCCAGCGGUCCAGGGCCCGCGAAGCAGGAGUGCUUCCAUCCGCAACAAUCAGUUGAAGCUGCGGUAUCCGCAGCAUUCGAUGCUGCGGAUCAGGACUGGAAAGAAGCUGCCUUCGAGGAUAAGGGUACUGGGCGGGCGUCCUCUCUUUUGUCUCUCUUGCUGUCUGCUGUGCUGCGACAGCUGCUGCCGUGGGUAUUACCUUCUGCCUUGCGGGGUGCUUCAGCAGCAGACGUUGAACUAAGCCUGUCAAAGAAGCGACUGACCCUUCGUGGGGUGUCUCUGCAACCGCAGGAACUCACGUUAGUAACGGGGGCUCCGUUGCAGCUACUACACUGCAGCAUUGGCCUUAUACAGCUGCGACUCAGGACGUGCGGGGAGUCUGCUUAUCGCGAAUUCGGCGGUCCUUCUACGUGUAUAGGCAAGAAACAUCUGUAUCAGCAUCCACUCAGUACUUGUAAGGCUGAAGGAGGCCCACCGUCCGCAAAAGGUGAGGCGCCGUCAAAAGCCACAGCCACAGAAGCAAAAGCGACUAGUAAAGAAGGUGCUUCCUCCUUUGUUCUAGCUGUACGGGAUGUUAUUGUUGUUUUGGCCCCGAUGAGUCCAGCAGAAUGGGAAAGGCGGCAGUUGCUGGAACUAGCAUUGCGGCAGCGAAGUUCUCUGUUGGACAGCACAGACAGCGAUCUCCAGCAGCAGCAACAAAUGCAGCAACAGCAACAACGGUGGGGCUUGUCUUUUGGCGCUUCAGCCCUGAUCUCAAGUUGGAUUGACCGUAACAUCGAAUGGGCUUCUUUAGAGUUGUCAAACUUUCACCUCCGCUUGGAGUGUGUGAUACCGCCAUAUGACAGCAGAAUUACUAGCCGUAGUAGCGCCUUAGCCUUGGGGGUAGUGUUGCAGGAGCUACACUUGCGCACAAUCCCUCCCGAGCUCAGUAUGCAAGACCCCACGGAGUUACCGGGAGGCGAGCGUCAGCAGCAACAACAGUUUGAUGACAACACGAAAGCAUGGGCUGCCGCUCCUCCGUGCACUACAAAGAACAUGUCUCAGGGUUGCAGCAGCAGCGCCACCCAAGCUGGUAUGUGCAGCAGAUUUGAUAUUAAGGGCCUGGCAAUGUACGUUCAUGACGAGCUGCUGCUGCUUGGCCCUCACACGCGUAGUGAGGCCGAGACAGUCCAGCAGCUCCGUGCUAUUGCAGCAGAGCAGAAGAACCCCGGUAUUGACAUCUUCACAAAAUGCAGCGGCAGCAACGGGGGUGGUGGUGGUACCCAUAUAGGCAUGGCCUGUACAGAUAAUGGCAACAGCGGUGUAGAGCUAUUGGCUGCUUCCUCAGCAGUUGCGUCGCAGGUAAGACCAGGAACAAUAAGCACUGCGUAUUCGGCGUCAGUCGAGUGCGGCUGUGUGGAAGCAACUUUCUGCCCCGCAGCGGCGCAUGGCCUCCGUUGGUUAGCAGUGAGCUUCGAAGAGCAUCGCAAAGCUGUUGAGACUGCGGAGGCUGUACUAAGCCUAGUCAGGCCAUUCGUACCAUCUUGCACAGUCCGCGGGAACAGCGGAAUUUGGUGGCGCUUUGCAAUCCGCGCAGUUCGCCGCCUCCUGCGCAGCAGCCGAAGCAACAGCAGAAGGAAUGACACUGCCAGCCUAGAGGGGCCUUUUUCUGUGGAGGAAACACUUAAAAUGCGCCUCAUAGCUGAGAAGUCCGCAACAUACCGCCUGCUGCGGCUAUUGCAGUUGCAAGGCAAGGCAUCGCAGCAGCAGGAAGAGCAACUGCUUGUGUUGAGAGAUUCGAUACCAUUGCACCAGUUGUUGCAUGCUCACGGAGCAGCACGGCAGGACUUUAUCCAGCAGCAAGCAGCUGCAGCGGCAGCCGCUACGAAAGGAUGGACUACAUGGCUUCCUGUGUGGAGGAGAACACCACCACAGGGCGUAACUGCGGCGAUGGCAACAGCAGGAACAGUGAGUCAAUCGGGAUGUGAGGGGAGCAGCAGACCACCACUACCUCCGCUCGCAUUGCAGAAGGUUUUGGAUCAGCGCAGGUCACUCCGUCAAAGCCAGCGGCAGGUAGAGGAGCAGGAAAGCUCCCCCUUAGAUACAAAUUCGUUUGCAGAUCUGGAUGACUUCUACGAUGCUUGCUCGCAGCCAGCGACCGCGCGCUUCGACAAGGGUGUCUCCGGGGGUCUGCCGUCAAGUCUCGCCGAAGACCCAGCAGCUACGCUCCUUUUGGAGGACGCAAAGAAAAUUUUACAGGCUAAAGGGACCAGAGAGACAGAAGAAGAGCGGCAAGCGCCUUCCUUGACAUCGCCGACAUCUGGAGAUGGGCGUUCAAGCGCACUUGAAACAGAGCUCCCACAGAGGACUGAGGGGACAGCAGCAGCACUUGCGCGUGCCUCAGAGGCUCUAACUGCCAUGGAUGACCAGAAAAGCGGCUGCAAUGAAAGCGUGGAGAGUGCACAAGGGUACAACGAAGAGGAGGACGCAUCAUUCGAGGAGUGUCUAGACCCCGAAACUUCACGAAUGCUCAGCAUGACCAAGGAAGAGCAGGAGUAUGCACCAAACGUAGCAUCAGGCACAGCUGCCCCAGUGCGUUCUGCGUACACCCUUUCAGUCUCCGUAAUGCUGCGAUAUGCCGCCGUCGCGUGUUGUAUGGACAAAAAACGGGGGCUAGAAGCUGAGGUGGAGCUACCACAGCAAGAACAGCUGCGGCGUCUACAGGAGCCUGCAGUACCACAUCCUGCAGAGCAGCGUCUCCAUUCCGGAAUACUGCUUUGCAGCGUCAGCCUUUUGAGCGUCAGUGGUAUCGUAGGCACUGAGGGGAUUGAGGGCAGUGCACUCGUAGGCCAUUUGGGCUUCAGCCAUAGGCCAGAAGGUCUCCAACCAGAGCAGCAGCUCGUGUACAAGGACCCCCGUGCUGGGGCAGAGCCACUUCUGCGGGUUUGCAUAUCGCGUAGCCCUGACUAUACGGAACGAGAGGGAUCAGUAAAAGAGCUCGUAGAGAACUCAGAGAGCAACUCAAAUAUCCUGUCCCUUACAGUUCGUCGCGUUAUAUGUUUUCUCUCUCCGGACGCCCUCAAGGACGCGUCUGCUCUUGGAAAGGCCUUCGGUACUGCAUCAGCUGCUGCAGCAUCUGCCGCAGCUGAGGCCUCGCAGAAAUGCACUUUGCUACACCUUAGAGGGAGCACCUGCCAAGGGGAACAAGACAGAAUCGACCCAGAGGGUGGCGUAUGUGGACUCACAGAACCCAAAAGGCGCAUGAACUUGCACCAGCGACUACUCAUCCUUUCCCCUAAGCGGCAGCAACAGCUCCGUGAUACUGCAACGUUGCGGUACUCAGUGUCGGUAGAGGCCCCUACGUUGAUUGCUCCAGCUUCAGAUGGGCGCGCGGUACUUUGUCAUUUAGGCGAAUUGCGGAUCUGCAGCGCACGCUAUACGAAGGGCAAGUUAUCCAACAGCUCGAGCGCAACGGGAAGAGUAGCCUCGCCAGGGCUUAAAUUCGCCGACAGCAUCGUCGAGGAGCAGUAUUACCAUACUUUUAAGGAGUCACUGGUGGGGUUGCACGCAGCUCGCGCAGGAGUACGGCCCACCUCUGGUACAGUACCCAGUGAUGGUGCUGCAGUCCAUACUGAGCGCGUGCGACACAUCAGUCUUCGCACCUUCCACGGCGUGCUUCUAAGAGACUCUCACAUACUGAUCCAUCCUAAUCAUCAGCAGCUAAAAGGCGAGCUGGAGUCUCUACAGCCAGUCGACCACUGGGGCUUCAUUUACACUAACGAUGACUUGAGCAAGCUAACCGAGCGUAAGGAAAACCUGAAUACUAGUAGCGACUGCCGAGCCGAGUCGGGAUAUCAGCAUCAGCUACCGGAAGCUUUGUUGGGCCAUCAAGGGCCAAGGGCAGAUUCGGGCUUUGAUUGCAGUGCCACAGAUUAUACAAAACUGCCCUCAGCAUGGAACGUCAGUGGAAAGACUCAGCCCGUGCUCUUUCCGUCCGAGCUUGUGGCAACCAUUGAGAUUGAGCACAGCGAAGUUUGUCACCCGGCAGAAUUGUGGCUGCCGCUUAGAUUGCCAGUACGUUCUGAGGACCGGCAUUUGCACCUCCCAGCUACGGUGCUCCCCAAUGCAUCCGCUGGGAGCAAAUGCUCACAGGUAAAGGAAACUGCAGACGAGCAGACUGCGCUGACAGGAAGCGAUGUUUUCACACAUCCCGAGAAGACUAUCGACAGAACACAGGGCAGCUCCCGUAGCCUGGCUAGCCCGAAAAACAGCAGUGCAAUACUCUGUCAUCGCCCUGUUAAUCCACACAACAACUACCAAGGUGGCAGCGGGUCUCUUGGUGUCAACAACAGUAUUCCAAUGUAUGUGUCGGCCACCCUAGCUUGGGAGAAGAUGGCUGUAUACUUGCACAGCCUCGAUCGCACUAGCGUUGGAGACAUCACAGGAAAGGCAUGGCCCCUCGAAGGGAGCGAACAUACAGACAGAGAAAUAGACGCACUUCAGCUCCAAGCAACUGGUAUCUGUGUAUAUAUUAAUAGCAAUGAGUGCAGAUCCGUCGGGCAGCUUGACAUGCAGCAGUUACUCCUGGAGCAGCCUUGUCUCCCCAAGGACAGCCUGAACAGGUACAUCCUCUGUCUACCGUCUCCAGGCACUUUUUCGGAAGCAGAAACAGCAGGUGCUGCCUCUGAAAGCGAAUGUUUGGGGAAGCCUAGCAUUGGGCUCGAGUUUUGCAGCAGCCACCACUCAAUCGAAGCAGCCGAGGUUGCCAGCGUCUCCGCUUCUGUACGGUUGCUUAAGCACAUGACACUCAAUUUCCGCCCAACGCCCCUCACGUGGCUUUUAAACUUCGUAAAGGACCCUGCAAUGCAUACUGAUGCCACAGACAACGACAGUGCCGGCAGCAGCGGUGGCAGUAACAUCAAGAGCACCACAAGCAGUCUCACAGAAUUUCACGAAACACGGACAGAGUCCACUGCACAGCCACAUGAGUUUGAUCUGGACACGGUUGCACCGAUCACCGCCUGUAGCAGUGUCCGCAGCUCGCCACAGGCCAGCGCACCGACGAGGGCAGUUGCAGUGGAUCACGGGGCUGCUGCAAGGGCGUUCACCGAUCCACUUUUGAGAGACCUCAAAUUGGAGUUACAGUCGGUGGACUUUCUAUGGACGACGCGUGGUACUGACCUACAGCUUGCGACUGCGACGCUCUCUGCUGCCUUAGUGAGGCUACGCCUCAAUCGCUUCUCAACCAAAUUUGCUGCAAAUGUAAAAGAUUUCUCACUGAACUUCGUUGUCCCUGCCUAUUCAAAGGCCACGGCCCCUCUCAGCUCGAAUCAAAGAACCAAACGAACCCCAUGCAGUGGCGACCAGCUGCUGCAGACUGUAUUUGAGCCUCCAGUGGAAGACAGCAAGCGCAGAACCGCACAUUUAGAAGCUCUCCACAGGAGGCCAGUGCUAAUGACUACGGAGAUUAUUGGGCUGGUUCCCGGCAACAGCUGCGCCAUUAGCUCGUCCCUAGAAUCGGUUCAUCCCCUAUCCCCCAGAUUUUCCGGUCUCACGUCGUCCCUCAAGGUGGAGGUGGGGACCUGCCGUGUGGUUUAUAUUCACCCCAAAUUUUGGCGGCUCUUUGAUUGGAUGAUCGAUGAUUUUGUAGGCACUCUGACCUUUUCGUCCCACCCGUCCCCUACGCCUCGAGAGGAAGACAACGCGGGUAAAUCAGGUAGAUGUAAUGGCAGCAGGACUCUUGAGGAGACUCCCUUGAGGCCCAUUCAGCGCUCUCCCUCUCUCGAAGACCUUGCCAUAAAUAGCGCUAGGGUGCUGCAGUCAUCAAGAAGGGAGGAAGUGGUUUCAUCAGCAGCGGAGGGCGAGACUGACGGCGGCUCAACUGAUGAAGAUAUGAAGAACAUUGGCGAAGACAAAAAGCUGUGGAGUGUUCCAAAUGAAGGUCUCCGGCGAAUCUUCCUCCUUGCUGAUGCAGGUCGUAAGAUCCUAGGUCUUCCUGAGUUGUUACUGCAAACGCAACCUUCCGGUACUUGCAAAAACAACUUGGAAGGUUUAGUACUUCCGAAAGCGGUACCGUUCAGCUCCUUUCAUUACGAAGUGCGGAUUACCUCCCCGCGUCUGCUUCUUCCGGCAAGCUGCAUACCUAGCUGCAGAGGCGUCGUUUGCUGGCCUCCCCUAACCUGUUCAAGGGAUAAGGACGCCAGCGGAGAUAGCAAGUUCAGUAACCAUGGUUGCAGCCGUGAAACAUGCAGGACCUGUGGCGUAGUGGGGAAAUCGCAGGCGGCAGGUGGAGCCAAUGAGCGUGAGAUUGAAUGUUUUCUCGACAAUUUCACUGUCUCUAACUCGUGGUCUCUGAGCCAUAGGUACGGCCUCGUGGAGGCCAUUAAUGUCUCUUUCAAAGGUUUGAGGGCCUUUGCCAGGGUUGACAGCCAUUUCCAGGUCUUCAGCGGCUCAGAUUCCGGAAUUGUACAAACACCAGAGCAGCAUGAAAAACAGGGAGCCACGUCUACGCGAAGUAAUGCUGUCUGUUGCUGUUGCACGCAUCCCGCCUUAUCUUCCUCUCGGUUUUUGAGACGGAAUGCGGCCAGGUUACUCUGCCCAACUACUACAACUCCGGACUCCGCAGACAUCCAGUGUCAGCUGGAUGCCUCCAGCUCACCAGGAAGGUACCUGUUGGGUAGUGUUGACUUGGUAGUGCAUAUGUACCGGCCGGCACUACUGCGGCCGGCAUCCAGCUGGCUGCGCGUGGAAGUUGGCUUGCUACCCUUACGGCUCGACAUCCAAACUCUUAGCCUUUUGUUCGAUGUUAUCAAGAAUAACGUAACAGCCAACGAUCCUGAAGUCGAAGCAACGCGGUUGCAUUCGCUAUCUCCCGCAGCAAAGGCAGUUCCGCAGAAUAAGGAGGUUCCAGGGAUCAAAUUUGACGUAUUGCCCGCAGAGGCUCCUUUUGCACCUGUGUCUCCUAGAGAUAUCCAGCAGAGUCCAAACGUUGUACCAGGAUCACAGCUCAAGGCAUCAGCUGUAAAGCCUAGGGAUGAUAGUGAUGUAUGUGCCAUCCUCCAGGAGCUACAGGAUCAUCAAACCCUCCAAGGGCUAUUGGAACCCCAGCUGGAUUUCAUCGAGCUGCUGGAAGAAUGGGGACACGAAACCUUUCUCUUAGAGCUCGUCGCCCACGGAUUGCAUCUCGCUGUGUGCGAAGCGCAGCUUGAAAAGCAAAUUACUUUGCUGAAAGCCCGGUGCAGCACAUUCAGACGUCGAAUCGGAGAGCUCCUGCGUACACAAGAGCCCUUGCGGCGAUCCCGAGAGACUAGCAUGGCCUCAGACUGCAGCAGCAGUAAUAAGCUUACUUCCAGAGUUUCGAAGUGCCCAGCGCAGCAAGCGCAGCAAAAUCCCUUCCUCCUGUUUCACGCAACACGAUUAAGGGUCCAGCUGAGGUCGUUACGGCUCCAGCGCAUGGAGGCGGAACAGGUUGGACUUUUGCUCCCUGCUGUCGUUGUAGCCAAUGACUGGGUGCCCUUGAGCAGCAAGAAUGAGGAGGUGCAAACUACCCAAGUAGUGUAUACGCAAACACGUAUAAUUCCUCCAGUCACUGGGACCUUUAUUGGGAUGAGAGUUGGCUCAUCAACCCUUUUCUGUCCUGAAUUUGCUUCACCAUUCUGCGUCGUUUUCACCGACAGCAGCUGCCCUUUAGGGCUUCUGCAACAACAAUUGGAGCCCCUUGUAAACAGCACACGCCAUGCAGAAGCGGAUGCAAUAGCAGCAGCUGUUGCUGCUGCCAGAGGAGAUUAUUCUUUGGCAACACUGGUCAAUCCAGAGCAACAGUCCGCGCGAAGGGUAUCAGAUGAACAUGAUCUGCAGCACACGCACCAAGAAGAGCAUCCCUUAGUGACUGCGUUUACAGUCCCGUGGGUUGACCCACUUCAGUUGAGGGACUUGAAAGAAGAUUUAACAAGCGAAGAGAGCGGGUUGGUGUCCCCAGCUGUCGCUCAUAGCGCUACCACGGCUUUGUUGGGCGAUACUGUUCUUGGAACUCCUAGGAAGUUGGACACAUCGGCGAGGUCCUCUGACUUUAAGAGGGCAGCUUCGGGGGAACCGGUGGGACUGCCUGAAAUUAGCAGGGACUACACCGUGAUCUUCGAUUCUGCAGACAGCUGUAGCCGUGUGCAACAGCAUCCGGCGCAGGGAAAGCUCCCGUCUGUCCUACCAGCCGUCGCGCUGUCCCCUCACCCUGAGGAGCUCAAGGUGUUUUACAAGUCUGCGUCCGCAAUCCCAGUAAUACCGCUGUCGGAGAGUAGCCUUCUCACCAUCAGGGAGCAACAAAAUAUGCCAUCAGAAGCAAAGCUCCAAAUACUGCAGCGUUUAUCGCAUCAGCGGAAGCACCAGCGAAGGCAGCAACGAGUCUCUGUUUCUUCAUGGAGGCCUCGGUGCGUCCUGUCUUUGCCAUUGUUGACUCGCAUCGGAGCCUUCUUCUCCCACAAGGAGGUACAGCCGAGUGGCAUGCCUUCUCAGACACCAAGCAGAUCACGGGAGGCUGUGUAUGAAGACAUCGCCUAUAGCAACAGCUUUACUGCUGUGGAGGACCCAAGGAAGAUUAACCAAUCUGUCAAGGCUGCCACGGAUCACCCGUUCCCAGCUGCCCCAGUUGCUGACCAGGAAGCCGCCGGUGGAAGUUGUCUUCCCCUUUUAGGACAGGAGAUUUCGUGCAAAACGGCUGGCGUCAAUCAGUGGCAUAGCAUGCAUUCCAGCAGCAGUGACAACAGAGACAGCAGUCGCCGCACGCGAUUAAGCCGUUCCACCGAUGAUAUUACUCUCCGGAGUAGUGCAGAUCCCUAUGCUUUGGGUAUAGCGGUCCCGCAGGCCUUUAGUAUUGAUGAGGACCUCACAUGUUUUGGAAGCAAGGCUCUUGCAGUAUGCAGGUCAUCCUUCGACUCUGCUAAGCGAUUUGCCGCUGAACUGCGCAGUCGAGGCAGACGGAUGCCACUUGGGAAACUACAGCCCCGGCACGCCGCCACUGAUGAGGAAGGUUGGAGCAGCAGUGACGACUCCUGGGAGAGGAGCAGCGAAGGCAACAGACACUAUACCAAUUGCCAGCAGCUGAGCAGUGACUCAACUUCAGGACUCUCAACUGGGCCACAAAAGCUAGAAUGCCCACCGUUGCAGCUAAGCUCCCUAAACGCAGCGCUUCACUUGUCUGAGGCAUCGGUUCUAGUGCCAGUGGACAGCAGAAUCAGCAGUACCAGUUCGGUGCUUCUCCGUGGAUCAGUUGACCUGAGCAGGCGAGCCGACGGAGUGCACGACCCUAUGGAUCCUUCGGAGACAUCUGAAGAUGCUGAAAUAGCUUGCACGCUAUAUAGGCAGCUCCGUGGUUGUGAUAGCAGCGGCAGUGGAGGUACCUCAUGGGGAUGUAACAUAGAUAGCGUCCUAUUCACUGCACCAGAUAACACAGGGCACCCACUGCAGGAGCAGAACUCUCGGGGGAGAGAUCGAAUAAACUAUCUUGGUAGGUUGGAGGACAGGUUUUCCCCUGGCCUGCGCGCUGUGGACUUCUUGUUGCAGCAUGCAGCUGUUACAUGUCUUCGCAACAGCAGCCCCCUGCAGCAACUGGACGCCAGUACAGCGGAUCUCCACAGGCGCCGCAAGCUCUUGGAGCGAAGAUACAUUAGGAGUCUGAGACGGUCCGGCACUAGAGGUGGUGGCGGUAACUCAACAGCACCACUGGGUGCAACACAGGGAGCGAAUUUCGCAGAUGAGGGAUUGCCACAUUUCUUGCCAAACGAGCUGCGUUCAUCCGCCGCACUAGGACAGGUGGCCUUCUUCAAGUCAUGUGAAGAUCCUUCAACUGGACAGCAGGCAAUCCCUGCAGCUGUGAGUGCGUCUGCUAGUGAAAGGUCCUGGGGGAGCUUUGGCAUGCCCCAAGCCGACAAGGAACCGAAUAUUUCUGUAGAGGCUCCUUCUUUUACUUCAGCGGUUGAUGAGCCUGGAUCUAUCGCAGAGGACAGCCAAAAUAGCGUUCGGGCAAUCUGUAGCGACUUGUGGGCACAACUGACUUGUUUCGUCUUACCUCCAGCGGACCCUUGCGGUUGGAAAGCAAAAAUCUUAAACGAUGCAGCCAUGGGUGUAUCUCAAGGAGUGGCUAGUGACUCUAGAAGCUGCGCAGACGCUCAGGGCAGCUGUUGUCGCUGCCUGAUCAGAGACAAGAAUUUCAGCAGAGCUGGAGCUAGGAGAACACCCCCGGGGCAGCGGUGCAACUGUUGCUGCCACCACCCGCAAGAGUACACUGCAGUGCAUGUGGGCCCAUGUGAACUCGAGGUAUCGUACCAGGACUGCCUUCUAAUCUGCCGCUGUGCUGCUGAGCAGACAAGGCAAUUAGAAGAGCAGCAACAGCUGCAGCAAAUGCACGAGCGCGUGCUGCAGCGCCUGCUCCGUCGCUGCACAAUGCUGCAGCGCGAGCUGCUUCUACGACAAAGGCGGUGGCAGCAGCCGUCUGCUGGGGAGUGGGAGAAUCAGCAGCCAUGUUCUGUCCAAAAGACUUCUUUUGGUGAUAGGACGCCUCGUAGCACUGCUGAAAUGGAGCAGCUGAGGCUAUCCUUGCCUCGAGUGAAAGAAAGAACCUUGACACCUAAUAAGUAUGCUGUGCGGGCACCAAAAGGCCUCCAACCAUAUCCCCCGCAGCGGCAUUUGUUUGCAGGAUUGCCACUUGUGCGAGUAACCCUUCUUAAUGAUCACUUGGACUGCCUGCAAGCGCCUCUUCUUCAGCUCUUGCUAACCGACUGCCGCCUUACCCGAGCCUUCUACGUUUUGCCUCCUCCCCAUGCCGCACUACGGCAGCAGGAAAAACAGCAGAGGUGUGCAGUAAGCAUUUUUGAAUCAUCCUUGCGUUUGUGGGCUUUAAACCCCUUGGCGGUUGCCUUUGAGCCUGUGGUCGAGUCGUUGCCUCUUUCUCUUGUUGUACGAGAGGCGCCAUACAGUUUAAUGCACUGGGCAUACAGUACACGAUGCGAUGACGCCAGCUCGUCGCUUACAUUAGAUUGGCAAGGCAACAGCACCAGACUCCAGAAAAACCGCCCAAGUUGCCCCCAGCAGCACCAGCACAGACAUGACCCAAGGUUUUCUAGGAUUGUGGUCCCUUCAAAGACAAAGCCGCCCUCUAGUGAAUCCAUCAACAACAGCAGCAGGCAAAGCAGCAAGGACGAAGCCAGCUCCAGUUCCGUGGCCCCCGUGCUCUUCCGCUUUUCGAAGACUGCUGCAGAUCAAGAGACAUAUGCUUUCGAGCAUCAACAGGAGCACAGUGCACGCCGUGAUGUGCCGUCCUUAGAGCAUUUGAGUGUCAAGUUAUUGAGGCAGCACCAGUCACCCGGAAAGACAGAAAGUAGCAGCGGCAGCAUCCAGCAGCAACGAACUCUGCUUUCGCCGCCGCAAGGACUCAGGGCAAAGAAAAUGGAUCGCAUUGGCGAUGAUACGGCUACACAAGUAACCGAGGCUGUAGCUCAUGGGGAACAGUACAUGGGUAUUUCCCUUUCGUGCCCUGAGGGCAGCGCCAUCGAAGCCAAUUUAUCUCCCUUGCUGCUGCAAUCCGUUCUAGGUAGUUUAUACAAGUGGCACUGUGACUUUGCACAACACAUGCAACAGCAGCAAGCUCCUGCUUCUCAAGACUGCCAGGAAAACACGGCAGCGGCUUCACAUGGACAAAAGAACGAGCCUACGCCGCAGCAGAAUCAGUCCGCAGCAGAGCACGAUGAUGAGCAUGAGGCUGGACCGGCGUUUCUCAGCGAGCAAAGGCAAACCCUUGUCAACGAUCGCAGAGGGGCUCCGCUGAGAAAACCCCCAUCAAGCUCGACGGAGGCAUUGCUUGCUGCCUUCACACUGCGCGGCAGUUGCAUGGAAAAACGCCACAUUUCAGAUGACAACGGUCAUCUGGAUACGGAAACUUUAUACAAAUCAGGGCUCGCUAGUGAGUCCGAUGGAAAGGGGCGUAAACGCGAGUUGAGACCGCUGGAAGAGGCAGCACGUCCCAAGAGGGGACGCCUGUUUAUUCCUUAUCAAAUUGUAAAUCAGACAGGGCUACAGCUUGGUGUGUUACUGCUGCCCCCUUCCAAGCCUAUUUUAACACUGGACUCAAAGGGGUUUCCUCCAGGUGACUCAGGGCAAGCCGUGUCCGCAUCUACAUGCGGCCUCCCCAGCAACCUGCGGGUGUGCCAGCGCCAUAACAAAACGAAAAGGAUAGGCGAAGAGUACAGCAGCAGCGAAGGCAGCAGCACGAGCGAAGCAGAAAUCCAACGCGAUCUAGCAGCUUCUUCCAUAUUUUGGGACUUCGGCCCAGCUCUACAGCGACUGCCGUGUGGAUCAACAGUGGAACCAGGCGUAGAUGGACCAGAGGGUAGCUCGAAGAUGACGGUGUCCUGUCCCCCGUCUCCCGCAAGAUCCAAAGACUUUGAUCCUGCGACGCACCCUUUGCAUUCUCUUGGGAGACCUGAACAGUGGGAUUGGCUGCGGCCAUUAGAAGAAAGGGCUCUUACACAAAUGCGGCUGUCCACUGGAGCGGUGGCUACAGUGCAUGUCGCUUUGCAGCUUGCGGACCAAGUCCCCGGGACGUAUGAUCCGCAAUACUCUAUGUGCGACACAGCUGCUGAUGAGCAGAUGCGUCAGGGAGGUUCUGGUCGCCUUAUUGAGGGCGCAGUUGGACACUGCAGGCGCUGGAGGCUGCGGAUGCCCGUCCCCCUUGACCGCGUUGGAGUGUACAUCCAGCCUCUAACAGACACGAAGACAGUGCCCUCGACGGGGUCAACAACAGCGUCUCUGGGAGUCCAUAAAGAUGUCGCUCCUUUCGUUGUUUGUCGCCUCAUUGCAGACGGUGGGACAAAGCAGCUGCUUGUGCAGUCACAAGUGGUCCUACGCAACUCUUGCAGUUUGCCACUCGAGGUGAUGCUGCUACACCCCCAGGAGGCUCCGAGCUUGGGGCCACAGGAGAACAAACCGCGACACACGGAGGUUGGGAAUGACUCUCAACUUAGGCUUCUACUCUUGAAACCAGGGGAAACAACUGCUGUCCCCGUAGACCUUUGCUUCACAGGGCGUCUACGCGUCCGGCCUAUCCAGGCGGGACUGACAUACAGCUGGUCCAGAGACCUCAGCCUCGGCAUGUUAUGGCAAGUAGUCAACGAGGCGCAGCAGCAUGGCGUCAGUGGAACAGGGAAAGAUGCGUUCAAACGGAGUCUGCCAAAGCUGGAUUUACUGCGGUGUUGCCCACUCCAAAGCAAUACUGGCAACUGUAACAAAUGUGAAGAAAUAUGUUCCCCCGCCACCGCCGAACAGGGUCUCGCCAGAGAGCUGGUACAAGAAAACCUGGACAAGCAACGGCAGUGUGACUACCACAUGGCAGUUUUAUAUGGGAUUGAAAGGCUAUUGCACUCUUCAAUUUCUUGUUUACAGCUGAAAGUUUCAUUUGAGGCUCCGCUGCGCCUUGCUAGUAACAUUCCUUUCCCCGUUAGAUAUCGUGUGCACUGCCCGUUGGUUUUGAAGGCGGGACAGGAUCCGCCCGACGAUUCAGAGGGCUCCCUUCAGCUAAACAACUGCCAAUAUGUUCACUCCUUCCCCUUGGCCGGAGUGGCUUUCCUUUCCCUCUCACUCGCAGAAGAUCGAUGGUCCAGUCGCAUCCAGAUUCACCCUCGGCCCCUACAGCGACUGCGACCACCAGCAGCAGCCCCUACUGCAGCGGCUGACGGAGCUUCCGGUUCUUUGAGCACAGCCACAGGGAGACGACACAGCUCAGCAGACCUUGUCAAAUUAGAUGAAUCUAAAUGCAGGAAUGGCGGAGCCGCUGAAGAGAUGCCUGGCGGGGAGACCAUAGUAGAGGUUGAAUGCUCGGACACCUCGUACCGCGUCUCCAAACUGUGGAUUAUCUUCUGUGAAACAGAAGGCGGCAUCCCUUGCUUGCUUUUACAUGCACCAGUAUGGAUGGUGUCAUACGUCCCGUGGUCACUUCAGAAGCAAAUGCAGCAGCAACGGCAACAUCAGCGGCAUGACGAGGGCCGCUUGAGAUCCCCGAAGGGGCACACGAAGAGGUUGUCUGCUGUGGAAUACAGUGCCCUUCACCGCGACAGCCUGACAGAGGCAGGAUGGGCAAUGCAAGCAGUAUCAGCAGCUGCUGCUGCAGUUGAUCUGAAUAGGAGCUUGGAAAGUCGGAAGCCAGUGCCAGUACCCAAAUUCGGAAUUUCUACUCUUGAUGGCUUAGCAAAUCAUUUCGAUGGAGAGAUCCGACUUCUCGACUUCAACCUCCUCGCAACAAUUGUGUGCUGCUCCCUACAGACAUCUUCUAUUCGUGUGGAGGCUGAAGGACUUGGCUGCUCUUCUUUUUUGGAUAUAUGGGGGGACUUCCCCAAGAAUCUUCAGGUGUCGUCGCGUUUCUCAACCGCACACGAUACCCUCAUGUCGCCCCGACAAGCCAUGCAGAUUCCUGGCGGGCUGUCUGCGAACUUUCCUUCGUCUAGCUCUAAGGAGGCUUGCGCAGGCCAGUCCGCGACCGAUGCUAGCUACAAAGGCAGUCAAGUCUCUGGGAAUUCUAAAAAGGGAUUUCUGCAUGGGAGUGUGGGUGGGAAUCCCUCCUUGGAUCUUGUUGCUACAAGGAUGGAGGCUGGCAUUCCUCUACUUCGCCCUGUUUUGUUGCUAACUCUUGCUCCCAUGUACACUGUAACGAAUCAUUGCUCCUUUCCUGUAAGAGUACGACAAGCUAGGGCAGGUCUCUAUUGCAGUUAUGAGGGAGCAACUAGUAAAGCCGUCGACUUCACGCUGGAAUUGGAGCCUCAGCAAACCCAGCCAUUGGUUUGGCAGUUUGCCGAGGGCAGUCGAGCGAUACAAGCGCAGGGCUUAAUGCCGACAUUGUGCUGGCUUCAACACGGCUGCAGCAGAGUCUUCUUAGACCCACGCACUGAUGGUGCACCAGAAACAGUGUGGAGUGCGUGGUCUGGCUACUCCCCACUAUGUUUCCCUCGGGAGGAGUGGUGUCUCCGUCUGCCCUUUGCACCAGUUGAGUUUCCGCUGGAUGUUCACAAGAUGCACGAAGAUUGUAGUUGCAGUACAAUACGUGGAAAGGCUUCGCCUGUGUCCUAUGAGGACCCUGCUAAGUUCAUGGGCAGUAGGUUGCAGCCACAUGAGCUUCAACCACUCAGUUCUAUAUCAGCCGCGGAGCCGUACCGCCAACUGAGCGUUUUGUUGCGUCGGGGAGUGUCUGUAGAGAGCAGUACGAAGUCAAUACAUAAUCACCGAAGAAUACCGGACCAACUUGAUGCAAGAUUGUAUGCUUCUUCUGGGUGUUCUUUGCGCUUGGAGACAGAGGAGGGGCCAGCCAAUAGCAUUAGCUUGAUAAUCAAAGAGGAGGACUUCAAGCUGAGGGAUGCCAUAUCCAUAUCUAAUGACACGCCAUUGCCUCUCCUAGUGCGUCAGUGCUGCCACAAAAGCACGCCUGAAAACGACACCUGCGGCGCAGCAAGCAGCGGCUCGUCAAGUGUCGUUGAGAAGUUUGCUCUACCCGAGGCUGCAACCCUGGGAGUGGACUCCGUUACGACUGCUGUUGUUGAACUCUGGGGGGCUGCAAUUCAGGGCAAUUCGACGCAGCAGAACUUCAACCGUCAUGACACUGAUAACUCGGGACAGCAUGUCAAAAGCGAUCUAGGGAACCACGGCGAGCAGUCUGAUCGUUCGAUGCAUCUUCUUAACAUGCUGCUGGAGGCUCAGCAACGAGCAGAGCAGGAGCGAACCCAUCAUCAGAAAGGAGUUGCGUUGUCUCAUUCUCCCACUUCGGUAUACAUAUCUCCGGCUCCUCAAAAGGAGGCUAUUCAGCUACAGCUGAACCGUUUGAGCCGUCUUGCUGAAGCCAUUGUUGCUGAGAACGCUGCAGAGCAUGAUAAAAAGCAGGCAGAAUGUAUGGGGAGCGGGCCUAGUAACGCCGGCAGCUGCUCACGCUGCACAUGGUGCCGGUUCGAGUCUGCAGUGGCGAAGGAGUUGCGUAGGAUUGAAGCAAGUAAUGGGACUCCUAGUGGGGAUGCUGACUCAGGACCCUCUAUGUUGUGGCCACUUCCCCAGCUUGUGCUUCCCGGGGAAACUGUGCUGUUCGCUUGGGACGAUUACCGUAACUUACCAUGUAUUGAGUUAUCUUACUUCUCGCGGCUACAGCAGAGCCUGAUGGAAGAUUCGUCUCCAACAGCAAAGCUCGCCAGUAGCAGUCAUAGUGCAAGUGUCUCAUCUACAGUGGACCUCCACUAUUUGGACCAGCCGUUUGUUGCAUGCAUUCCACUACACUCCAACGCUCGAGGAGUAAUACCUCUGUCGCCUCUGCCGUCUUCUUGCUGGUUCUUGUUUAGGGUUGUGCACUCUGCUGGUAGGCUGCGCCUGCAGAUUGCUCCUGCUGGUGAAGUCCUUGGAGUUGGCGUUUCGCAUCCGCCUGGUGGCGAUAUAGCAAGGCAGCGGGAAGGCACCAUCAGCAAACACGUAUCUCCUCCACACUCUUCUCGUGAGGUACCACCCCCUGCUGCUGGUACAGCUUCAGGUGGUCGCAUUUCUUCUUGGGCUGAGGACGACACUGAACAGGUCCAUGUAUCUUCAGAGGACGUGGACAUCGACUCUUUGCUCACAUUGCCCCGUUACUUUCUGCUUUCGGUUGUGCAUAAGGAGCUAGCUAUGGACUGCUCCAGCGGAUGUAGCAGUGGCAUGCAUGGCCAUGUGCGCCCUUGGGCAUUUGCAUCGAUGUGUCCAUUUGCUGCGGCUGUCGUGGGGUCCUACGCCCCUGAUCGGAAGUCUGCCUCAGUAGCUCCUGCUACUGUCCAUUCUGGUUCUGGUCAAUCUGAAUCAGCAGAUAGUAUUCUUCCGCUUCGACCAAUCCCAGAGCCACCCAAGUUUGAAUUGCGCAUGAAAAUCCCACUCCUGCAGCUCUCCGUAUUGUCUCAGGCGGCUAUCACCGACCCUUUGUCUCGUCAGAUCGACUCCAUGCACUCUCAAGCGUACUAUCCAGUGUUACUUCAAAGGGCCCCCUCCAUGCCAUCUGAGGCCCCUGCAGUAACCAGCAGCUCACUACAAGUCCCGCUGGCCUCGGAAUCCAGUGACAAUCAGGUGCAAGGCAGUGGUGGCAGACGUGCAGUUUCUCAGCACGCCAUAUCUCCCGAGCAGGGAAAUUCGCAGGGUGCUUUAGUGGACUUUAUGAUGCAGCAGCGGCAGCCGCACAACAGUACUGAUGAAGGGGACGUAGUGUUGGUCGACAAAUGUAUCCUUUCCCUCAAGCCCAUAAGCAUAAAGACCGACCUGAACAGUUUCUACGUGGCCUCCGAAGCAUUAAAUUGCUGGCGAUCCGCCUUCGCAGCUGCGACUGCUUCUGUAAAUCUACUAGAUUAUGCCGGCAGCGAAGGCUCUCCAAUGGCAUCACCGACCACCCUUGGAGGCGAGCAACCCAAAGAUAUACCAGAUACAUCGCCUACUUGUUGCGAAUCAGCGUGUUCCACCGACAGCAGAUCUGGCCCACCCGAAGCUAAAGGCAUGGAGUAUCACUACUCUAUGCAAAGCGGCCUCGAGUGGGCAUGCAAAGGGAGCAGCCAUUGGCACUCACCUGUGUUGUUCUUCGUCUCAAAGCCUGCAGAUGCAAAUCUUGGAUUUGCUCCAUCGCCCAUGUUUCUUCGACCACGUUUAGUCAGGCGGAGUGCGCCUGCAUCUAAGGAAGACCGACGACAACAGUUGAAGCAUCAGCGAAGGCAGCUGUACAUUUUCCGGGUUCUCGUGAUAGCUGAAACGUGUGUAGUUCUAUCUUUUAAAGCAGACACUGGUGGUAACAGCAGCGCCUUGCGUAGGUCUGUUGUCACACUCUCCUCUCUCGAGGAUGCGAGGCUCCAGAUAAACGGUUUACACAUGACGGCCCAGAGCCUCACCGAAAAGCUCAAGGAUUUCCAACAGCAGCAGCAGCCACAGUUUCACUGUAGUUUUCCUCUCUUAUUGCAGCUACAGCAUUGCCACAGGCGACCAGCUCUAUCGUUGCGGGAUAUUGCAAGAGUGGUUGGACAGUUUUAUCAGCAGCAGCUAUUUUCUCAUCUAUCCAAGGUACUAGUCUCUGUCGAUGUACUAGGUAACCCAGCGUUGUCAUUCGCCCACCUACAAGCAGGUGUCUAUGCGCUAGCGAGGCAGCCGUUGGAAGCGGCUGAGGCCGGUGGAGACGUUUUUGAAGGAAUGAUAAAGGGAGCUGAAGACUUUCUCAAACACACAGGUUAUGGCUUUUUUGGAGGAAUCAGCAGAAUGGCAGGGGUUGCAUCUGACUCACUUGGAGCACUGGCUUGUGAUGAAGUGUAUGUGCACGCUAGAAAGCAACAGGGGCGACACAAGGCACGUAAUGUGGAAGAGGGCCUUCAACAGGGUGUCGAGGCCCUUGGAAGGGCCCUCGCGGGCGGAUUUACAGGACUGGUGGAGGAGCCCGUUAGGGGCGCUGCAGAGGGUGGCUUAGAGGGACUGCUACGUGGGGCUGGCAGAGGCAUCGCAGGUUUCCUAGUGAAACCGUUGACGGGUGUGCUUGAUUUAGCCCAGAAAACAGCGGAGGCCAUCAAGGACGCUUCUCAAAUCGAGGGGUACCAACGCCCAAGGCGCCGUUUGCCUCGCCUGUUGCUUGGGGCGUCUCGCCUGUUGGUUGCGUACGAUGCGGAAGCAGCCGCCGCAAAAGCUAUUCUAACAGAAGCGGAAGGACAGAACUGGUCCAAUCUUCCCGUGCUGUAUUUUGCCUUGGACCGCAGCCUUGAAAGCCUCACGGUGCUCACAGAGAGCCACAUGCUACUCUUCAAGGUGCAUGCACGGUGCCCUGCGGAGCUGCAGUUCCUCGCCCCAUUAUCCUGCAUAUUGGCAGCUGGUCACUGCAGCAUGCAGAGUCGCAGUAGCAAAAAUACCAAAAAUCUGAAAGUUAGCGGUAGCCUCACUCGAGAGCGCCACGUUGUGGUGUUGCAGAUCCUGCGAUCUGGCGAGUCUGGGGUUUGUUACCAGCAGUUGUUAUAUGCAAAUGAACGGUUGCAGCGGCACAUCCUGCAGUCCUUAAGGCAGCUGAUGCUCCAAUGA